ACGAACAAAGUGAUUCUGUCAAAACUGUCAAAAGUGUAUUGGAUUUAGUCAGUGAACACAUAUAUUUGCCACUACACUCCUCUAUCAAGCUUAUCUGUGUUGAAACUAGAAAAAAAAAAUGUUCAAAUCCAAAAAUUUAUUAAUUGGAGCAUCUCGGUUAAACCGACGUUUCCAAAGUACACUCGUCAUUGCUGAGCACAAUGAAAAGACUUUGACUGCGAUCACACAGAAUGCCGUCUCAGCAGCUCAGAAAAUCGGCGGUGAUGUUACCGUUUUGGUUGCGGGCACUGAAUGUGCUGCCGUCGCUGAACAGGUAUCGAAAUUGAAGGGAGUCUCAAAGGUGUUGUUGGCUCAGAAUACCGCAUUCAAAGGACAAACGGCUGAAACUGUUACCGAUGCCGUUGUUGCGCUACAAAAUCAAUUGAAAUUCACACAUAUUUUGGCUGGUGCUACAUCAUUUGGGAAAAAUGUAACACCAAGAAUUGCUGCCAAACUUGAUGUGUCGCCUAUUUCCGACAUUAUCGGUAUUAAAUCACAAGACACAUUCGUGCGCACAAUUUAUGCUGGAAAUGCCAUUCAAACGCUUAAAGCAAAAGAUCCAGUUAAAGUGUUGACCAUUCGUGGAACCAACUUUGAAGCCGCCCCAGAGGGUGGCAGUGCAACCGUUGAGAAUGCACCAGAAGUGAAGGUGACUGAAGGUCUUUCUUCGUUCCUUGGACAAGAAAUCACUAAAUCGGAUCGUCCAGAAUUGACUAGCGCUAAAGUCAUCAUCUCAGGAGGUCGAGGUCUUAAAUCAGGAGAUAACUUCAAGCUAUUGUAUGACUUGGCUGAUAAACUCGGUGCUGCGGUUGGUGCUUCACGUGCUGCUGUCGAUGCUGGUUACGUACCAAACGACUUGCAAAUUGGACAAACAGGAAAAAUCGUUGCUCCUGAUUUGUACAUUGCUGUUGGUAUUUCGGGUGCAAUUCAACAUUUGGCCGGUAUGAAGGAUUCAAAGACCAUUGUGGCCAUCAACAAAGAUCCAGAAGCGCCAAUUUUCCAAGUUUCCGAUCAUGGUCUCGUUGCUGAUUUAUUCAAGGCCGUGCCCGAGCUCACCGAAAAGUUGUAAAUCAAUGCGAUUCAGCUGAUUUGUUAAACAUCGUAAAUUCGUAUUUAAAUUUGUUUUUCCUCUUUUUUUAUUUCACAUUUUUCUCAUAAAAAAAAAAUGGAUUAAAUUGAAAUGUUUGCAUGAAAUUUUCCUGUAAGCACAUUGCUAUAUAUUUUCAAUAAAAAAAACCAUGCGAAUGACAUUGUUUCAAUAA